AUGUACUCUCUGCCCUUUAUACUGGGACGAAAUAGCCAUGGUCGAACUUCUGUUAUAGUAAAUACCAGAUGUAAUGGUGCAGCUGGUCUACUGGCUGAUGCUUCUGCAAAUAAGUACUUUAACAAAACCUAUCAGUGGGUUUUUUGGGGUGUUGGCGUAGAAGUAAAAUAUUUACUUCCACUGGAACUGGAUUAUAUUGGCCCAAACGCUCAGAUAACCUACGUUAAUAAAACAAGUAACGACUACUGUCUCUGGGAUAUUCAUUCAAAGGGACGUCACCUUCAAUCGCCUUUACAAUUACAACUAAUAGCAACAGUAACUAAUUAUGAAGGCAGUAGUUACCUAAACAUAGCUCGAGACAUAUUUAAGCUACAAAGCACUGAAUACCGUGGGCAAUUUAAUGGGAUUACACUACGAGGAGCAAGCGUAAUUGACCAAGAGGAUAUAACUACAAAUGAACAAAUCGAGGCUAUACUUUCGAGGUCUACAAAAGAUUCCGGAGUGGCAGCCUUUAUAAAAUAUCACUAUGAACUUGUAGGACUUUUACGGGAUCGUUUUAAUUUUUCUGUUAAUUUCCGUAACUCAAGAGGAUGGGCUGGUCGACUAGGUAACACCACAUUUCGUCUUGGACUUUUAGGAGUUGUUAAACGAGACGAGGCAGACAUUGCAGCAUCAGGAGCGUUCAAUCGACUUAACCGUUUUGCGGAGUUUGAUACAAUACAUCAGAGCUGGAAAUUUGAGGCUGCAUUUAUUUAUAGGUUUACUCCAGAUUUAGAUACUCAUGGAAAAAGUGGUAAUUUCUUGGCUCCGUUUAGCAAAGCGGUUUGGUUUUUAAUUCUUGUUUCGCUAAUAGUGUUUAGCGUAAUUUGGAAAUGUUACGCGUUAACAAUUCAAAGUAGUUGGGCUGAAAGUUUCUUGCAAUCCUUUGCAGCUUUAUGCCAACAGGGUUUGGAUCCGAUUCCAAAAGAUCACUCAUCGCGUUUUGUCGUAAUAACCAUAUUUUUAUUUUCACUUGUAAUAUAUAAUUACUAUACUUCUUCUGUGGUUGGUGGAUUGUUAAGCUCUUCUGAUAAAGGUCCAGCUACUGUUGAUGAAAUAACUUCUAGUCCACUCACAAUAUCUUUUGAAGAUAUUGGUUACUAUAAAGUACUAUUUCGAGAAAGUAAAAGCCCAGCCGUAGCCAGACUAAUAAAAACCAAAUUGUCCUCAUCGAGACCUUUGGGUAAAAUACCAGUUUUUGCACAUAUCGAAGAAGCUGUACCAUAUAUCAAAUCCGGUGGUUUUGCAUUUCACUGUGAAGUAGUUGCCGCCUAUCCUUUGAUUGCCGAAUUAUUUGAUGCCAGUGAAAUUUGCGAUCUGCGCGAGGUAUCCGGCCUAAUGGAAGUAGAAUUGCUGAAUUGGAUUUUGCCAAAAAACAGCCAAUAUACAGAACUGUUUAAAGUUGCCAUGUGUUCGGCAAGGGAAAGAGGUUUCGUGGAACGACUCCUUCGGCAACGUCAAAUUAGAAAGCCUACCUGUCAAUCAUUAUACACCGUAUAUCCAGUCACCUUAUCAGGAGCUUUAGCGGCUUUCUUUGUGCUGAUUUGUGGAAUUAUUAUGUCUAUCCUAAUGUUGAUCAUCGAAAUAAUUUAUGUAUAUGUUGUUUUCAAAAGAGGUCAACAAUUUUCUAUUGUCCGCUAG